AUGGAUAACUAUGUUGUCUACUUCACGUCGAGCACGGCACCCACCGGACUGUACAUCAACAAUAAGUCCUACGACAUCCGUACCAUAUUCCAGGGGCAAAAGAAGAUUCUUUCCACAGACCCCAAAACUCUAAUCCGUCUCGAGUCCAACCAGCUGUACCGCUUCGUCCUGCACGGCGGUGACAUUCGCGAACUCGACUGGCAGGCUUCAGGCACGCGCCGUAAAAAGGUGCCCGACGGUUGUCGUCUUCCUGACCUCACAUCGUUCCGCCUCAGGCCUCUGUUUAACAAGCUCCGUCGGGCGUCGAUCCCUUCCCAGAGGUUCAGCCGCAGCGCAGGAGAUGCUGCGAACAUGAACAGCCGCGGCCAGUCACUUGACAAGUUGGACUUUGCCAGCAUGAAAAUUCAACAUCCACGGCGCAUCCACAGCUUUGUAUUCUUCAGGGGCAGCCUUUCUAGCUCAGGCGCCUCACCUCUGAAGUCCCUGUUUAUCGGGGCCGACGCUGCGUCAAAGGUGGCGGCAGAGCAGGAAGACGGAGACAGAGAGCUUCAGGGUGACGCUGCUCUGCCCAGCAUGGCCCAGCAGUGGGAGUGUAUGAAGAACUAUAGUACAUGGGCAUCCAACGGGAAGGUCUUUCUCUACCCGGAGAACCUGACCGAGCCGAGUCUGAGAGUCAACGAGUCGCCUUUCUUCAAGGAGCUGGAUACAGAGCUGGAUCAGAACGAACUCACAAAGGAGACUGUGAGCUCGAUGAUGAGGAGCUACAUGACGAAGCUGGCAGACGUGUCGAACCUCGAACCGGUCAGCCUGUACUUGCAAAGGUCAGGCGGUCAAACCGCCGUAGUUCACUUGUUUGACCGCGCCUGGAACGCCCCCUCUGACAACUACAACCGGUCCAACAGUCCGAAAACGAAGCAACGGACGGCGUGGACCAAGAUGGCCAUUGAGACCCCCCGCUACGUCACCAAGACUGGCAAGAUGGGACCAGGUCAUGUUCGUCGCUUUGGAACAGGAGCAGCUGAUAGACGACUCAUCCAUCGCCAUCGCCGUAGCCACGUGCUCUACCCGCUUGAGGGACCCUCCCCCGGACCCAAACGCUCCAGAAUCGACUACCGAGGUUCUAAAACGAUCGGAACCUUCCAUUUCUCUGGGUCUCUUGUCGGGAAUGAUAUCGCCCCUGGCAUAAACCCGAGAGCAUUGCAGCAUCCGCAAUUCACAGCUAGCGAAAGUACGCAGUUCUUCGGAAGCCGCAUGAAUAGGGACCGCGUAUACACAACCCAAGCCACCUACACCUACGAUGCUCAAAACAGCAUCUUCAACGCCGAAUGGCCAAAACCGACCAUGCCAUGGAUCCAAAUCAUUGUUAAUUCAUCCACCAACGACGUGAGCAGUGACAUUGUCUUCCCGAGCCCAGCCGCAACCGAGCCCAAGCAGGAAGACGUGCGCAUGGUUGGCCCUCAGCGUCUGCCACUUCGUCUUCGAUCCAGUUGCCCCGGACAGGAAAUCGGAUCUGUACCGGAUCUGGAGGCUCUUUCCUUUGACAAUGACAAUGCAGUGAAGAUCGUCACUGACUGGCGCAACAAUACCUUCCGGCCGCACCCGGUUGCAAGAUCGCGGCCCCUGGCGUACAAGAAGUGGAUCGUCAUCAAGUAUAUCAAAAUCCUCAUUGCGUACGGAGACUUCUAUUUUCGCCAGAUCACGCUGGACAGUAUUCCAAACGCCAUCCACAUGUACGUUCUGGCCUCGCACUUGUACCGUCCCUGGGGACAGAAGAUACCGCGGAGACACAACAGCAACCUGAGCUCUGUGUUGAGUUCUGUCAACGGGCCCAUGCCGACCUGCCGGUUCCAGUACCUCCUUGGGCGGGCCAUAGACAUGGCAGUCGAGGCUAAGAGCUUCGGCAACGCACUGCUGACGGCCAACGAGAAAUUCGACGGUGAGACUAUGGCCGCUCUGCUAGUAAAGCACGAGUCGAUCGUAUAUCAGAUUGGGAUCGAGCUAAAGAAGAACACGCUGAGGGAAGCCCGGGCGGCGGUCGAGGCCCGAGAAGACAGCCGCAAAGCACCAGCCUACCGCCUCUCGUAUUACCUCAUGACGCCAGGCAUGGAUCAGGGUAUCCCGGGCAUCGAGGACAAAUUCCAAGACGUUUCCCUCAAUAUGCUAGGACCAGUAGAAGAGGGCAACCUGAAACUCCUGCAGGAUGAGAAGACCGAGAUGGGCAAGCUUUCCGAGAGCCCAUGGUCUUCAGAAGCAUAUCGGAAGACUCGAGACCGCUGCGAGCGCCUUCCACUCGCUACCGCUCGUCUCUACCCACGCUACACCUCUGGGCUGCGGCGUGGCAUUGCACAUCGGACCGGCCAACGUCGCCCAUGUCAUGGACGGCUAGACGCGGAUGCCCUCACCUUCCAGAGCUCCAAAACAUGUGAGCUCAAGGCCGUCGACAAGCAGAUCCUCAGUUCCAAGAUUCGCGUCGAGACGUGCGAGCAGGAGAUUGAGCAGCAGGAGACGCAGGUAGAGCAGGCCAGAGAGGUUGAGGAGUACCUGCAGUCUAAGUACACCAACGCAGAGCUGUGCCCCUGGAUGGCCGGCGUCACUAGGUCGCUGUUCUCUGAUAAAUACAACAGACAUAGCUCCCGCUCUAGCUCUGAAGUCCGUCCCUUUCACGCCGAAUGA